GUCAACGGCUCUUCUCCAUGGAUCUCUCAGCCAAUCAGCGACCACCGUUUAUAACGUAGCUGCGAUUGUGACGGGCCGUUGUGAAUCGGAGGCCAGCGGCCCCACAAUGCCAGGCGGGGGAGCCCCUUUCUCAGCAGCACAGCACAGCAUCACCGCCUCGCCUCACUGAGAAAGGAACAGAGAGGAGAGAAAUGCAAAGGGAUGUAAGAUGGCAGAGCUACAAAUGCUAUUAGAGGAGGAAAUCCCUGCCGGUAAAAGAGCUCUCGUGGAAAGCUACCAGAACCUGUCCCGGGUUGCGGAAUACUGUGAAAACAAUUAUGUUCAGGCUCAAGACAAGAAGAAGGCCCUGGAGGAGACCAAGGCCUACACCACCCAGUCUCUGGCCAGCGUGGCCUACCAGAUCAAUGCCUUAGCCAACAAUGUGCUGCAGCUGCUGGACAUCCAGGCCUCGCAACUACGACGCAUGGAGUCCUCCAUCAACCACAUCUCCCAGACUGUGGACAUUCAUAAGGAGAAGGUGGCACGUCGAGAGAUCGGCAUCCUGACCACAAAUAAGAACACCUCUCGCACCCACAAGAUCAUCGCCCCGGGCAACAUGGAGCGGCCAGUGCGCUAUAUUCGAAAGCCAAUCGACUACACACUGCUGGAUGAUGUGGGACACGGUGUCAAAUGGCUUAAGGCCAAGCAACAUGGGAACAAUGCGGCAGGGCGAGGAGGGACGCUUUCCAGGACCAACCCACCUACACAGAAACCCCCAAGCCCCCCAAUGGCUGGUCGCGGUACCCUGGGGCGCAACACUCCCUACAAGACACUGGAGCCAGUGAAGCCCCCGGUGGUGCCUAAUGACUACAUGACGAGCCCGGCCCGACUGGGCAGCCAGCAGAGCCCUGCACGCACAGCCUCUCUCAACCAGAGGCCCAGGACACACAGUGGCAGCAGUGGUGGGAGUGGCGGCAGGGAGAACAGUGGAAGCAGUGUAGUGGGUGUCCCUCUAGCAGUUCCCACCCCCUCCCCUCCCAGUAUGGGGCAAGUGGCGACAUCUUCAGCCUCAGUGCCCCAGGGUCCCGGCUUGGGUCCCAUCCCCAUGUCCCAGUUCGGCACCAUCUCCCGCCAAAUCUCCCGUCACAACUCCUCCACCACCUCCUCUGCUUCCAUGGUGUCGGCCACAGGCACCUACCGCCGCGCCCCUUCAGUCUCCUCCCAGCAGCCCCACAUCAACGGGGGCCCAGCCUACCCACAGAACUCAGUGUCUGUGGCUCCUCCGCCUCCUCCUCCAAUGGUCCAGCUGACCCCACAGAUCCCUCUGACCGGCUUUGUGGCCAGAAUGCAGGAGAGCAUAACAGACAGCCCAGCUCCGCCCCCUCCGCCUCCCCCAGAGGACAUGGGUGUGUUUGAGGAACCCUCUCCCCCUCCUCCCCCCCCACCCGUGGACUAUGAGGAAGAAGAGGCCGCGGUUGUCCACUACAGCGAUCCCUACGCUGACGGAGACCCCCACUGGGCCCCCAAGGUUUAUUUAGAGAAAGUUGUGGCCAUCUACGACUACUCCAAGGACAAGGAGGAUGAGCUGUCCUUCAUGGAGGGAGCCAUCAUAUACAUAAUCAAGAAGAACGACGACGGUUGGUUCGAAGGCGUCUGCAACGGCGUCACCGGACUCUUCCCGGGAAACUACGUCGAGUCGAUCAUGCACUAUGCUGACUAAAAAAAAAAACAAACAAACAAAAAAACACAUACACAACAUGGCAGUGCAGUUUUAAACAAAGGUAAAAACCGUGAAGAUGUACAGACGUAUGCAGUCCGGCGAUAGCAGUUCAUACAGCUCCCAUUUUGAAUGAAGUGCCAUGGUGAAGUCUUUGGAAUUUACAAAUGGUUUUUCUUUUGGCGGAGCUCGUGCUUGCACAGUUUUGUUCUGCUCCCAGAAAAAAAAGAAAAAAAAAAAAAAAAAAAAGAGGUGUCGCACAAAGAAGGAGGGUGCUGAAGCUUUUGGAAGAGCGAGGUCUGUUAGUUUACACUGUGGACAAAAAGGGAGGGGAUAAAAGCUUUCUUUCUAGCGCCGUCACAUCUGUGGCGCUCGAACUGUAACGGUCACAUUUUGCCUCAUAAGAAAUGAAUCACUGAAAGGAAAAAAAAAACACACUUCAGAGUAGUUUCAAAACAAUACCAAGUAAAUUAGAUGUAGUGUUAAUUUGUGUACGUGCAAACAACCCAGUUUAACAUAUCUACAGUAUUUGCAGUUCAUUCAGGAAAGUGAAGUAUUGCUGUGAUUUGAAUUGAAUAGACGAGGCAGUGUAGUGCUCCUACCCCUUCUUUUGCACUGUAGUCCAGCAGACCGGCUACAUUUAAAAGCUCUUCUCUCUUUUCAAAAACAUCCAUCUUACCUUAUCAAAAAAACAAACAAAACAACAACAAAAUAAAUACUGAAAAGGACAAAGAAACAUCAACAAGUGCAUUAGGACACGACUGAAUGUUCAAUGCCGUCGAUGUCCGAAUCACAAAGAUGUUAAAGAGGAGGCGAGGGGGUGAGAAAGCAACCUGGAGUUGUGUAUUUACUAUGCUAAGGUAUGUGUCGGUGGGGAUGGUGUUAAAAAGGGUGAACUGAGUGUAUAGGAUGCAUUACAAAAAAAGAAAACUGUUUCUUCUUUCUGUUCUCUAACUUGUAUAUAAACUGUAACGUGAGAAGCUGCCAGUACAAGUACAUUUGUCAGUUAGUGUGUUUUCACCUGUGAGUUUCCAUCGGUGUCAGUGGAGGUGGUGCCAAGAUUGGAUGUUUUGUUUUUUUUAUUUUAUUUUUACUUGAAUAUUAAUUUUAUCCAUCACUCACAGUGCCAUUAUAACUCGAUCUGGGCAAAGUGGGCGUGUAUGAACAUUUAUUUUUCUAUGUUAAGUCACAGCUAUAUCAUUUUCAUCAUCGAUUAUAUUUUGUCAUGCUGUCCAGCUACUGUAGCAGAGCCGUGUCUUGCUUAGAACAGCAAAUGUGAAGCAAAAGGAAGGACUAACUUGUGUGUCUACAUGUGUUUUUUUUUUUUUCCAUUGUGUUGGAAUAGCUGCACUGAUUAGUUAUCAACAACUGUGAUGACUUUAUGAUUUCUGUCUUUGCAACAUGAGAGUUGCCAUCCAGAAGUAUCAACUAACCUUUACACUUCUUUCAUCGGUUGCUGGUGCGGUGCUUUACAUUGGUGCUCAAUAACCAUAAUCACCAACCCAAACAACCUCAACUCAAGACCGAUCUACGUAGAAAUGUAACAGAGGAUUUUAGUCUCCUUAUUUUGAGUGUGAACAUUCAUCAGUUUUGAUUGUAAUCUUCUUCAAUCACUUCUGCAUCUUAGUGAAUGUAGGCGACUCAGCAGUAAUGUUACUACAGCUAGAUUCAGCCUGCAACAUGUGUUUCUCGUCUCGAGGCUGUGCUGCAUAUGAAAGACACCUGCAGUGAAGGAAUGAGCUGCAAACCCGAAGGGUCUUAAAAGCAGCGCUUGAUAUGAAAUGUUUCUUCUUUUUUUUUUCAACUCUACUACGACUAUAUGAUGCCUGCUCUUACAAAGUGAUUGUCGGUGCAAGUAAAACUCACUGUCAAAUAUCAUCGAAGCUAAUGUUUAUCUCAGAAUCUAUGUUUGUAACAAGCCACAUAAACAAACAUAAUCAUAUGUACUGAAAUGACGGGCAUUCAAGUUGAGCUAUUGUUCAGAAAUGGAACAAAAGUAGAAUGGCUUUCUUUUGUUGUUGGGAGGGGGGGGGGAAUUUAUUAUGUUUCUCCACACAGACACAUAGAAAAGAAGACAUAAUGCCAACUCAGUCAAAUGAUCAGUAUUCAUUCAGCCACUGUGCAUGGAAGUAUAGAAACAUCAUUGCCACUACAUCCCAUUCUUGAUUGUAUUUUUUGUGAGAAAACAACUUUUUCUACCUAAUGUAUUUCUAGCUUUGCAUUCAACUUGUUUUUACAUCUGUGUCUGAAGCUGCUGAGGAAGGUUUGCUAGCAGUUUGUAUGUAAAGGAUUUAUUUAUACUUUUUCAUAGAGAAAUCAUGAGACAACCACUGACGUGCAGAACUUUGUAAUGUUUACCACUUUACGUCUAGCAUUUCAGGGCAUCACAGGUCAAGUCGCCUUUCUUUGAUGUGUGUUUUCUUAUGAUGAAACGUGGAAGAAAAGAAGAAAAAAAAAAUAUCCGUAACUUAAAUGUUCAUGGGAACAGAAUUCAAUAUUUGUCCUCUCUCAGUUUGUACAUAGGAUGUGUUCAUUGAAAUUUAUGUACAGUCUUUUUGUAAUAAACAGCUCAUUGAAACGA